AUGGCCCAGAUACAAACCCCCCUUGUCGAGGACGUCAAGGCGCCGACAGAAGGCUUCAACGCGGACGAUAAUACCAAACCACGACCAGACUACGUACUCGUCGCACGAGAAGACGUCGAUACAAUGCGAGAAGCGCAUUCAAACUUUCUAAAUGCGCUCAAAUCAAAACCCGAGUCUUCAGCCAGACCUUCCAACCUACACCUCCAAUAUAUCCCAGGAACAAAGGGCAUCGUUUCAACCGCUGGCGGUUCUUACCUCCCCGUCCUAGUUAUCUCUCUACGCAUGCUCCGUCGCACCGGAUCCAGAUUACCCAUGGAAGUCUUCCUCGCCGACGAAGAAGAGUACGAAGAGUAUAUCUGCGACGUCGUUCUCCCCUCAUUAAACGCACGCUGUAUAAUCCUCUCAACAAUCCUAGACGCCUCAUCAUCAUCAUCAUCACCAUCACUACCAACUGCCAAAAUAACGAAAUACCAAUUCAAACCCUUCGCAAUGCUCUUCUCCUCCUUCGAAGAAAUCCUCUUCCUAGACGCAGACGCAUUCCCCCUCACCGCCCCCGAGAAAAUAUUCACAAGCGACCCAUUCAAAACAACCGGAAUGAUAACAUGGCCCGAUUUCUGGUCGUCUAGCGUUUCACCCACAUUCUACGAAAUAAUAGGCCUCCCGACACCCCCGGCAAUGAAUUUGCGCGCAUCAACUGAAUCCGGCGAAUUCGUGCUCUCGAAAAGGACGCAUAGUCUGACGUUGAUUUUGGCCACUUAUUACAAUUAUUAUGGACCGAGUCAUUACUGGCCUCUUCUUUCGCAGGGUGCGGCGGGAGAAGGUGAUAAGGAGACAUUUGUUGCGGCGGCUAUGGCGCUAGAUGAGCCGUUUUAUCAGGUUUCGCAGGCUAUUUGUGCACUUGGGCAUCGGACUGCUGGUGGGAGUGGGAUGGCGGGUUCUGCUAUGGCGCAGUUUGAUCCGGUGCAGGAUUAUGCUCGAAGGAGGGAUCGUGAGGGGAAGGGGAAGGGGAAGCACGGUGGUGGUGGGAACAAGCCAGAUGUAUUCUUCAUCCACGCGAAUUUCCCAAAAUUUAACCCGGCGACGAUCUUUCAGAGUGGGCAUGAGGUACAGCCUGUUUUCGAUGAUGAGGGGGCUUAUACGCGUGCUUGGACGAUUCCGGAGGAUGUUAUUGCCAGUUUGAGGUUGAAUGGGAAUAGUGGGAAGGAUGUUGAGAAGGUCUUUUGGGAGGAGAUUCUUUGGACGGCUUGUGAGCUUGAAGGGAAGUUUGUUAGUUGGGGGGAAUAUGUGGGGAUUUGUGAGAAUGUUAUGGAUUAUUGGAAGGGUAUUUAUGGAGAGAAUCUUCCUUCUUGA